UACAGGUGCUGUUUUAAGAACUCCAGGGUUGUUUUCUACAGUAAAGUGAAAAACUUCAUCACAGGCUGACAACAAUGUCAGAAGAUUUGACAGUGUUUCUCGCCAUAUACAUCAUCGCAUUCUUGAUUGGUUUUCCUAACACAGUGCUGGCGUUCUGCUUGUGUAUUCGCAAGAUUCACAGUAAACCUAUUCCCAUUGACAUAUUCAUGUUGAACCUCGCUGCUUCUGACCUCGUCUUCCUCACCUUCUUGCCUUUAAAGAUGAAAGAGGAUGCAGAUAACAUGGUUUGGAAAAUGCCCGAGGCUCUGUGCCGCUUCAGUGUGCUCAUGUUCUUUCUUCCUCUUUAUUCCAGCAGCCUGUUCUUGGCAGCAAUUAGUGCUGAGCGCUAUGUGUGUGCAGCAUUUCCAGUGAGGUAUAAAAGUCCAAAAAGAAUCGUUUACACAACAGUUAUAUGUGUUGUCACCUGGGUGAUUAUUGCAGUAGCUUCAGUAUUUGCUUACAAGGCAGCAUUUUUAGAUUCUAAUGAAGCGGACAACACCACUAAUAAUCACUCUCUGAAGGCACCUCAGAGCUGUUACAUAAACUUCACAUCAAAACAGCUGACAGAACUGCUCCCAGUGCGUUUCGGGAUAGCAGUGGGGUUUUUCCUUCUACCCCUCCUUAUCUGCUGCUUCUGUUACAUCAGUUUAAUUCGUAUUUUGAUGAAGUGUCCUAUCUUCAAGCGACAGCGUAAACUCCGGGUGGUUGGACUGGUUGUGGGGACUCUCCUUGUGUUUGCCAUUAGUUUUGCACCCUACAAUGCAUCACAUGUAGUAGGCUUCAUCAAAAAAGAAAAUCCAGAUUGGCGCAUGAAAGCUUUAAUGCUGAGCACUUUAAACACAUGUUUUGAUCCUAUUAUAUUUUUCUGUAUCUCUAAGGAUAUGAGAAGGGCCAUCAAAGUAUGUGCAAAGGCCUUGUGCAGUUUUAUGCCUAUUUGAUGCAUUUUCAAUUGAUUCAGUCACACAAAAGAAAUGUCCAAAGACAUAUAACCUACACUUAGGGUGUACACAUUUGUAAUGGUAGGCUAUAUGAGCAGUAAAGGAUCCUAUACCUUGGAAAAAUAUGACUGAAAUAACUGACCUGUGAGCA